CCCAGAGUGCCGGCAUCAGCAACGACGACAACGCCAACAACACCACCGCCUUGUCCUCGUCCUCUAUCGGCCUCUCCGUACAUACCGCCGACAUGCUGCCACCAUCCGGUAUCUCCCGUCCGCCGCAGGCGGCAUAUCAGUCAUUGUUGGGUUGUGACCAAGGCUGACUGGCUGGAACAAUGUCCAACAUGCACGUUGGAGCCAGACGUGCAAUCGAGUCCAACAGACUCAUUUUCAUGGAACUCCGUAGUCAGCCGCGUCUGUCCCGCCGCCGCGUUGCAGCCGUUCCCGUCGCUUCCUGCCAUCUGCCGACCCUUAUCCUCCGCUCAGGCUAUUAUCUGCCGGUCUUCCAGGAUGUCCCAUGCAAAUCCUCUUGGCAACGCCCUGCCCAAUCCUGUCCCCUGGCGGCCGGUCUCCCCCACAGCGCGCAAACGAGCUGCUCGGUGAAUCCAGAACAGAGACAGAUAGCAAUGACUAGCAGACCAGGGCGAACCUGGGGAAAGCACAAUCUCGUCGAAGGCUGGCCUCGCAACUCUAAAAACCGGGUCUCACUUCUCUCUGCGUGCCGCAACCCAGCUUUUGAUUUGCUUGCCGGGCCUUCGGGUCGGCUUGUCGUGGCGGCAGACUUGCGCCGGCGCGCGUUCGUAACACUUUCUCGCACAUCGAUAGCCAGAAGGGAAAGCACAUGUCAAGUCAGCCAGGCAGGCUCUCUCGUCCGUGUUCGAAGAAUCUGAUAGGCGCGCGCGCUCGAUCACAGCUGCGCUUGUGUCCCAAGAGAUGCACGCCUUCAUGCAAUGCACAAAGUUCCGAAGCCGGAUCUAGGCUUAGCCCAUGCAAUCUUUUCAGCUGGCCGAUAGUAGUAGCCUGCACUCAAUAACACAUCCACAUUUGAACACUAGAC